UGUUGUCGCUAUGAAAGUUCUGUCCACAUUUCUGAUGUGUCUCCUCUCCCAGGUCUCCUGUGUCUCCUGAUCACAUCCGUGUCAUUCGGACCGGUGUAUGUACGGAGCGGAGCGGACAUCACGGGAUGUAAUAUGACGUGUUCUGGACCUGAUGAAGAAGUUACUCUGGAGCUGUACAGACAAUGUGGAGGGAAGGAGAAGACAUUGCUGGAACGUCACUGUUAUUACAACAAAACUAAAUCACAUGACCCCAUACUUCACCUGGACACAAGGAGCGGCUGCUGGAAGCUGACACCGGCCAGGAAGGAUGAUUCCUGUGUGUAUAAGAUCUGGUGUUACUGUGAUCCGGGAUAUCUAAUGUCCUCUACAGACAUCCGUGUGCUGGAUCCGGUUCUCAUCUCCAACAUAACCAGUAAUGGGAGCCGGCUGGGUCAGGACAUCGCUGUGAGCGUCCAGUACUCUGGAGAAGAGAGCGCUGUGACCUGGGAGGUGGACGGGGAGCCUCUUCCUGAGAGAUACCGGCUGAUAGAUGACAAUAGGACGCUGAUUAUCCCCAGUGUGCAGAGAGACGACACCGAGAGGACAUUCCGGGUCAGGAUCACAAACCCGGUCAGUGAGGAGACCCGGGACUACAACUUCAUCACUGAUUCCAUAUUCAGCAAACUGCUGAAAAAAGAAGACACAAAACAAGUCUCAUCUUCUAGUUCUGGUGCUGGAGAGUGCACCCCAUCCCUCUGCAUUACUAUGUUUGGAAAGUACAAUAACAGUGAGCUAAGAGCGGUCAAUCAAGAGGUGCAGAGCAUGGUCAGGAGUGGAGAAGAGGGAGCUGUCAAAACAUUGGAGUGUAUGGAGGUGAUCGGGGACGGUGAGGGCCACCAGAAUGUCUUGGGAGGUCACCGGCUUGGCUGCCCUCUUCUGAUGCAUGCUUGUCCAGGAGGAGCAGGAAGCAGCAAUAGGAAAAUGCAUCUAGAUGCCAUGAUGGAUGAAUCUGCAAUGCUACGUAAAGUGGACCUGAGCCCAUUGGACAGAACGACAGCCAGUGGCAUCACAAGGGUGGUUAUCACCUGCACCACGUGA